AUGGAGCUGGCACGGCGUGGCGAGGAAGUGGAAGUCGAAGGCACCAGCCCGGCGUCGCUCGGAGCAGCGCUGGCCUCGUGUGAGCGAGUCAGCCUCUGGGACAAGGCGAUAUGGCUUCUCUACAAAGCUGGGUCCACGGAUUCCUGGGAUGUAGCGGCUGGGGGCGCGGCCGUUGCCAGCUGCGGUGCCUUGCAGUGGGCGCAGGCUCUGUCUCUCUUUGAGACCCUCUCCAGCUACGCUCUGGUGGACCAUGUCACCCGGAGCAGUCUGGUGAAAAUUUGUCGACAGGCCUGGCAGUGGAGAACUGCUGCGGCCUUGGCGGCUGCUGCCUCUGCGGACCCUGCGACCAUCGCCCUGGGCACCGAAGUCUGCGAGGCAGCUCAAGCUCCGAACUCCCAGCGGCAAAGGCUACGACGCUGCCUACUCCGUGCU